AUGACAGCGCUGUCCCCACAGGGGCCGGGGGCGGCCGGAGGCGCCGGGGCAGCGCGGGGAUCCCCCCCGGCACGGGCGGAGCUGGACGCGCUGCGGGAGCGAAUGGACAGGCUCCAGGACGAUUACGCCAACUCGCAGCGCCUGAACCUGCUGCUGGAGGAGCGGCUGCGGGGGCUGGCGCAGGCCAUGGCCCUGGAGAGAGCCGCCCUGAGCCGCCACGUGGCCGAGGUGCUGCAGAGGGUCCUGGGGACCCCCCCCGGGUCGGGACCCCCCCCCGGGUCGGGACCCCCCCCCGGAUCGGCCGCGUGGGGAGGGGCCGAGGAUGAGGAGGAGGAGGGGGGGGGGGAGGGGCCGCUGCUGCCCCCCCCCGCCUUCAGGGACCCCCCGGGGGGGAACCGAGACCCCCCCCGAGGCUGA